UCACUCGAUUUUAAACUCCACCGUAGUCCCCACCGCCCGCCACGUCAUCCUCCCCCACCCGCUUCCAAAAGUGUCUCACCCUCGCAUUCAUGAUCUCCAAGAUUCCCCCAGCUCCUAUCCUCCGACGGCUUAACUCAAGACUCCUCGGAUCUCUAUUCGCCGACGACCGGCGGCUCCUCCACUCACCUACAUUGCUUGCUUAUAAAAGGGGCAAACUCCGCCUCUUGCCUUUUUGCCCUCCUUUAAACUCGAGCAUGUGACGUCUGACCAGUUGGUUGCUCCUGCUACUCUUCAUCUUUACUUCUCGUUUUGUCUCUCUCCCCUCGUCGCUUUCUCUCAUCAAUGGCGGGGCCUUCGUUCUGCUCUUCUUCGUCGAGGACGAGGAGCAGCUCGCCUUUCAGCCAGCGAAGGCCCCUCACGAGCUCUCAUUCAUCUUCGUCUUCGUCGGCUUCGUCUUUUAUGAACGGGCGUCUUUUCCCACGCUCAUCUCCUUCUUCGGUCUCGUCUCACUUUUAUGGUUCUGGUGGGGUAACGAGAUCAGUCACGCCGAACCGCGGCCGCUGUGAGUACUCCAGCAACCACGCACCGAUCGGUUUUGUCUCGGCCGAUGAAAACGUCAUGGAUGCUGGUGAUGCUGUAGGCUCCGGGGAUAGCAUCACUGUCACGGUCAGGUUCCGGCCGCUGAGCGAGAGGGAGUUCCAGCGUGGAGAUGAGAUCGCGUGGUAUGCGGAUGGGGAUAAAAUGGCGCGCUGCGAGUAUAAUCCGGCCACGGCGUAUGCAUUCGACAGAGUUUUUGGCCCUUCCACAACAUCUCAAGUGAUUUAUGAUGUUGCUGCUCGGCCUGUUGUAAAAGCAGCAAUGGAAGGCAUUAACGGAACUGUUUUUGCUUACGGUGUUACCAGUAGUGGAAAGACCCACACGAUGCAUGGUGACCAAAAUUGUCCAGGUAUCAUACCAUUGGCCAUCAAGGACGUGUUCAGCAUUAUUCAAGAUACUCCAGGAAGAGAGUUUUUGCUCCGUGUCUCAUACCUUGAAAUAUAUAAUGAGGUUAUAAAUGAUUUGCUUGAUCCUACGGGCCAAAAUUUGCGUGUUCGAGAAGAUGCCCAGGGAACUUAUGUAGAGGGCAUAAAAGAUGAAGUCGUUCUAUCUCCUGGUCAUGCACUUUCUUUCAUUGCUGCUGGAGAAGAGCAUCGACACGUUGGUUCGAAUAAUUUCAACUUGUUUAGCAGUCGAAGUCAUACUAUAUUUACAUUGAUGAUUGAAAGUAGUGCUCGUGGCGAUGAAUAUGAUGGAGUGAUGUAUUCUCAACUUAACCUGAUUGAUUUAGCAGGUUCUGAGAGUUCAAAAACUGAGACAACUGGACAGAGGAGAAAAGAAGGAUCUUUUAUUAACAAAAGCCUCUUAACCCUUGGAACUGUAAUUGGGAAGCUAAGUGAGGGAAGGGCAACUCAUAUUCCUUACCGUGAUUCUAAGCUGACUCGCCUUCUACAGUCGUCACUUAGUGGCCAUGGGCUUGUUUCUCUUAUUUGCACUGUCACUCCUGCAUCUAGCAAUAUGGAGGAAACUCAUAAUACAUUGAAGUUUGCAAGCAGAGCAAAAAGAGUUGAGAUUUAUGCUUCUCGAAAUCGGAUUAUAGACGAGAAGUCGCUGAUUAAGAAGUAUCAAAGAGAAAUAUCAAACUUAAAGCAAGAGCUUGAGCAGCUGAAGAGAGGAAUGCUUACUGGUGUUGGCCAUGAAGAAAUUAUGAGCUUGAAACAGAAGCUGGAAGAGGGUCAAGUAAAAAUGCAAUCUCGUCUUGAAGAAGAAGAAGAAGCAAAGGCUGCUCUAAUGAGUAGAAUACAAAGGCUAACCAAGCUCAUUUUAGUAUCUACUAAAAAUACGAUUCCUGGACGUGUUACUGAUUUGCCUGGUCAUCAGGCGCACUGUUCUUUAGGUGGAGAUGAAAAGCUGGAUAUUUUGGGUGAGACUCUGUCACUGCUUCCCGAAACUGAGGGACCUCUUAAUCAACCUAGGUCUACUUCAGUGUCAGAUUCAUUGAAUACACUUCAUGACAAGCACCAGAGAUCUUUAAUCAAGUUUAAUGAAGAGGUGUCCUCAUCUGGGAUAUCAAUGGCGGAUCAAAUAGAUCUUCUUGAAGAGCAAGUUAAAAUGGUCACUGGUGAGAUCGCAUUGAAUAAUAGUACCCUAAAACGGCUGGUGGAACAAUCUGCAAUUGAUCCCGAAAACUCAAAAAUUCAGAUCCAAAAUUUGGAAAGGGAAAUUGAGGAAAAAAGAAAUCAAAUGAGGGUUUUAGAGCAGCGCAUUAUUGAAAGUAAGGAAGCCUCAAUCGCCAAUGCAUCUUUGUUUGAUAUGCAACAGACUGUAACGAGAUUGAUGACUCAGUGCAAUGAGAAGGGAUUUGAACUUGAGAUAAAGUCGGCAGAUAAUCGGAUUCUUCAGGAACAACUAAAUAAAAAGUGUGCUGAAAAUAAUGAAUUGCAAGAGAAGCUUUUGCACCUGCAGCAGCAGCUCAAUCCUGUCGAAAGUGACAUGCCAUCUUUUACUCAGCAACAGAAGGUGGUUGAGGAGAUUGGCGAACUAGAGUGUAAAUUGCAGUUAAAGGAGUUUGAGAACAAGAAGCUAAGUCUUGAACGUACACAGCUUGUUGAGCAGAACCAUAUGCUACUUCAUGAUAAUCAGAAUUUGUCUGAGGAAGCUUCGUACGCGAAGGAAUUGGCAUCAGCUGCUGCUGCUGAACUUAAAAAUUUGACCGAGGAGGUAACCAAGCUGUCCUUACAAAACGCCAGACUGACAAAAGAAUUUUCUGCUGUUCAGGAAGUUGCUUUUUCUAGAUCAGCUGGUUGUGCCAUUCGAAAACAUUCUGAAAACAGAAACGAAGGGGUUAAAUUAGGAAGGAAGGGUCGACAAUCUAGCAGGGUUGCUGAUGUUGCUAAUACAACAUAUGAUGAUACUGGGAGCUGGAAUCUUGAUUUGGAUGACAUGAGGAUGAAAUUGCAGGCAAUGAAACAGAGAGAAGCUUCUUUAGAAGCUGCCUUAGCUGAAAAGGAAAUCUUAGAAGAAGAAUAUUGCAGGAAAUUUGAUGAAUCAAAGAAGAGAGAAGCAGCUUUAGAAAAUGAUUUAGCGGGAAUGUGGGUUCUUGUCGCUAAACUGAAGAAAGGAGUUUUAAGUGAAUCAGAACUGAAUGUUGAUGCAUGGUCUAGCAAUGGAGUAGAUGUAGUUGAUGAUCAGAAAGAGAACAAAAAUGAGUGCGGCUAUGGUAUUUCCAAAGAUUUACAGUUAGAGGAUAAGCAAAUUGUGCCUUUGAAUGACCAGUUUAACCAUAAUCCUGUGUUGGAACCUAUGCUUUCCAGGUUGAAGGCACGAAUACAGGAAAUGAAGGAGAAAGAACUGUACUGCUUAGAAAAUGAUGAUAAAAAUUCUCACAUCUGUAAAGUAUGCUUUGAAUCGGCGACUGCAGCCGUGCUUCUCCCAUGUCGGCAUUUCUGUUUAUGUAAGCCCUGUUCGUUUGCUUGUUCCGAGUGUCCUCUUUGUCGAACAGUGAUUACAGAUCGGAUUAUUACGUUUACCUCUUAAGUUCCUAGACUUGGUUAAAGGAACUUGUUACUUUGUUUUAGACACAUUCUCUCUUUAUGUGAAUUUCAUUCUUUUUAUCUAUAGAUGGAAUUUUAAAAUCCUUCUAUGAAAUAGUUGUAAUUGUUUCUCAUUUCUUAUGGCUCUUUUAGCUUCGUUUUGCCAUGGAAGUUUCUUUGAUGUAAAACUUGGGCUUUGGCCUCCUGCAUAUAUGUAUACAAAUAUAGUAUCCAAAAUUUAGGGUCAGUCUUCUAAAGAAAAGUAAAUGUAACUGCUUGAGGAGCACCUGACUUCCCUAUUCCUUUUGGUCUCAUCAUAAUUUUAUUAUUUAAUUUCGCUUUUGUUGUCUUGUGUGUGUAUUUUUCUAAUAUUUCCCUGAUAUUACAAAUUCUGUUUCACGAGUUCAAAGUAGUCACUGUGACUAGGACCAUGGUCAAGCCGAUCUGGUUUGAUCUUGAACAGAGUCAUUUUAAUGUCUUUGUUGGUGUUUAUAUUUCAACUUAAUGAGUACUACAAUUGUUUUCUCCUUUAUAUAGUUAAUUUGUUAUCU